UCUUCCUUUUUUGCCAGAUGAGCUUGCGUACAAAAAGAAUGCAUGGGCCAAGUGUGUAUAAUAGAUGAGAAACAAUAACACCAUCAAACAGGUUGGUCUUGCCAAGUAGUACCGGUCCGUCGCCACCAACAGACACGUAUCAGCAAUGGGAAUUGUAAUCUUGAUCAAUAACAACAGUAACCCAAUUCACACAGAUCAUAUAUAUAUAUAUAUAUAUAUAUAUAUAUAUAUAAGCCUACAUAGCCAUCCAAGGUCCCAAGCUCAUCACAAUCCAUCCCUUGAAUACCAAAAAUAUAUGUUGAAACCAGUUGUGGGACGUUUAGGAUAGAGAAAGCAGAUGGGUCGAAAACCAGAAGCAAGUUCAAGAAAAGGGUGCAUGAGAGGGAAAGGGGGACCUGAGAACGCUUCCUGCACCUACAAAGGUGUCCGGCAGCGGACUUGGGGCAAAUGGGUGGCCGAGAUUCGCGAGCCUAACCGCGGGGCCAGGCUCUGGUUAGGCACUUUCGACACCUGCCACGAAGCUGCCGUGGCUUAUGAUGCGGCUGCACAUAAGCUCUACGGCUCCGAUGCCAAGCUCAACCUGCCGGAGCUUUUGGCGAAGCCGAAUCGGUUGUCUGAUUCUCAGACAAACACCCACAUGGAAAAUCACAUGCAGAGUCAAUAUAUGUCUUCUGGAGUUACUGAUGAGUCUGUGUUUUGUGACAGCAAGUCCUCUGUUGGGGGUGGUGGUGUUGAUGGUGAGUCCCACAAGGAGGAGAGAGUUGGACUGAGUGAAGUGGGAGGGGAGGGGAUUUGGGGGAAUCUGAAUAACUUGCCGGAGUUUGAUGACUCCUCUAUAUGGGCGGAGGUGACGGCCACGAUGGACUUCGAUCAGGCAGCGGCAGACCCCGGGAUUUUCCCUGCCAUUUUUGAGGUUGGGAAUGGUUCGGAGACCAUGCAGUGUCCAUGGGGUGCUUAAAGCUUCUUCUCAGGAGUUGAUAUAUAUAUAUAUAUAUAUAUGUAUGUAUGUAUGUAUGUAUGAUGUGAUACAUAUACAUAUACUAGUACAAAGAACGAAAAAUAGGAAUAACAAUAGUAAUAUGUUGGGGCCACAAUUGGUCGUCUUUUUUUAAAGGACUGUGAUAUAUAGGGUGGCCCUUGUAUCAAUCCAAGCAUAUAUAUCCAAGCAUAUAUAGGUAUUAACUUUCUCUGCUUGUAAAGUUGUAUGAGUUAUAUAUGCAAAUAUGAGAUGUUUUAGAUGCUUGCA